AUGCUUCAAUGGGAAGCUGGGGAUGAUUGGUUAGGCGGGCUCAAGCCCUUGACAGCACCAUGGAGCCAUAUCCAAUACGUGCUAUCAAGAACAGUGCAUCUGUUGGAUAUCAGCAACCAUCAAGUCGAUAUCAAUUUUGAUCACAACCGACCGGAUAUGAAAACCAUAAAUUACCAACUGUGGACAAUGCCAAUUGAGUUCCGAGGCUCGUGUGCUGUCUACUUGUUACUCCUGACAUUUUCAUUUUGGAGACCCCAGCCUCGGUACCUGGCGUUAGCAGGUGUGGCACUAUAUUGGUUUUACAUGGGACAUUGGGACCUCUUUUCUUUCGUUGCUGGAAUUCUUCUUGCGGAGAGACAUGCCGCAUCCGAAUCCGAACAAGACGGAGAGAUUGCACUAUCAUACUCGUCACCACCUCUCGAGAUCCAAAAGCCCGAUGCCAAAUCUUGGAACAGAUUGAUAGAGAGUGUAUAUCUUCAACAGCUUCGAACAUCAGCCUCUUUCAUUCUAGGGAUGUACUUCCUUUGCAUGUGCGGUGCUGACCGAUUAGCAUGGGAGUACCGAUGGCUGGUCGUGACUCGAUCUCCCGAGUGGGAUAAUGCUGAGAUGAUGCCCCGGUGCUGGAGGAGCGUUGGUGCGGUUCUGACGAUAUAUGCGAUCAGCAAAUCAGCGCUGCUCCAACGACCGCUUAAUUCACGGCCACUGCGAUACUUGGGUAAAAUCUCAUUCCCGCUCUAUCUGGUCCACCCGACAGUCUACCUUGUUCUCAAAAAGCCGGUUCGAGACUUUCUAUGGUGGGCAUUUACAAGAACGCCUUAUCCUGGUACCAUUGAGGCAAGCAAGUAUGCUCUACCAUUUUUCAUCGCUUGGAUGGGAACCAUGCUCUUAUUGGGUAUUGUCAUGGUGAUGGCAUCUGAACUCUGGAAUCGCUUCGUUGACAUGAAGUGCAUAGGGCUUGCAAGAAGAUUCGACAAAUGGGUUUCAUGUUAG